CCACGCGCCCCUCUUCUCCAUUCAGACCUAAAUCGCAGCAUCCCUAAAAGACGAAGAACCCUAGUUCGGUGCGGCAUCUCUUCAUACACUACGCCGUGAUUGGCACAAUUUCUUGUACCGCUCAAAGAUUUUAGAAACUCUUCGAUGGUAUUGUGUUGUAAUUUACCAGAAACUGUGCCUCACUGCGAGUCUACGACCAGCGACAUUGCCUGACUUUCACGAUUUCUAUUGACGGCUUUGCAAUCUAUCAGCAUCUCAGUCUUUUCUUCCAAGUUUCAACUGCUCAGUUUACCCCCAAAAAAUAAUGCAUUGCAUGGGAAUCAACCUCUUCAGGCUGCAUACUCUAGGGAUAGACAUCAAUUGGUCUGAUCUCAAAGUGCAUUGGAGCAAACACCUCUAUACAAUUGUAUAACCAUUUUUGGUUUCUACUUGGAUCAGAAAGUUUGAUGUAUUUUAUUUUCUUUAAAUGUUGGACACCAAGAAGUCAUGCAAACAGCAACCUAUUAGUUUGUUUCUCCUUGGUAUCCUACAAGUUGUGGCGAUUCAAAGUCCCCUACUUUUUCCUUUCAUGAGAAUGUAGGCUACGAUAACCGGACAUCUCUAUUCAGUUAUCUUUACAGAAGCUACUAAUCUAUGAUAAACUAAACUUGUUGCCUCUAUUUUGCUCGUUAUGUCCUUCAUGCGGCUCUGAGAAAUUUGAUUGCCUUUUAUUUUCUUUAAGCGUUGGACACCAAGAAGACAUGCAGACAACAACCUAUUAGUUUGUUUCUACUUGGUGUCCUACAAGUUGUGGAAAUUCAAAGUCCCCUACUUUCUCAUUCUCAUGAGAAUGUAGGCUACGAUAACCCUACAUCUCUAUUCAGCUAUCUGUGUGGAAGGUACUUAUCUAUGAUAUAGUGAACUUCUUGCCUCUCUUUUGCCUCUUUAAGAGAUACAGCCUUCAUGUGGUUCAGGGAAGUUUCAUUGGCUUUUAUUUUCUUUAAACGCCGGACACGAAGAAGACAUGGAAACAGCAACAUAUUAGUUUGUUUCUCCUUGGUAUCCUAUAUGUUGUGGGUAUUCUAAGUCCCCUACUUUCUCCUUCUCAUGAGAAUGUGGGCUACGAUAACCCUACAUUUUUAUACGGUUAACUUUACAGAACCUACUAAUCUAUGAUAUUUUAACCUAGCUGCCUUUUCUUUUGCCAUCUACCUCAAGAGUUCCUUCAUCUGGUUGACGAAAUGUCUUUAGUUUGUUUAGGUGUCGGACUCCAAGAAGACUUGCAACGAAUAAACUAUUAGUUUGUUUCUCCAUGGUAUUCUACAUAUUUUGAUGAUUCAUAGUCCCUUAAUUGCUAGCUGUCUUUUCUUUUGCCAGUUCCUUCAUCUGGUUGACGAAAUGUCUUUAGUUUGUUUGAGCGUCGGACACCAAGGAGACUUGCAACAAAUAAACUAUUAGUUUGUUUCUACAUAUUUUGAUGAUUCCUAGUCCCUUACUUUUUAUUCGGAAGUUUUAAGCUCUGAUCAUUUAUGCUUUUGGCCUCAACCUGAAAAACCAUUACACAUUAUCUCAUCCCUUGCGUUCUAUAUAGCUAACAAUUAGCAUUCACUUGUUGGAAAGAGAAUGAGGAAUUUGCUGAUUGGGAGCUGUAUUGUUGGAAAGUAUGAAGUUUUGAUAGACUAAAAGAUAGAACCACAGUUGUAUUAGAUGGGAAGAGCUGUUUCUAUAGCAGGAAUUUGAGUUAUUCUUUUAUAGAGUAAUUGUGCUGAAAGUCUGUCCAUUAGAAAGGCUUGUGCAUUUCUUUGUUAUGUUGGAAAUGAUACUGAGUAUGUUUUCUAUUGUGAUUCUUUCUAGUCUUCUGUGAAUACUUCUCUCUUUCUACUUUUCUUUGUAGUUGUUUCGUCCUCCCAGAAACUUAGGUUUCUAUCUCUUCUAAUGCAUUUUCCUCUUUGGUUGUCCACGAUCCACUUUCUUGUUUUUAUUGUUUCACAAUUAUUUUGACAUGAAUACUAUAGUUCUCCAGAUGUGUACUGGUUUUUUGGUUUUGGGCUUUUGGCUUCCAUUUUAGGAUUUUAAUUUUUUUUGAAACAAUUACCAUGUUUUUAUUUGGUCAACUGAUAGUUUCCCUGUUUAUUAUUAAACAUACAAGAACUGACUUACAAAGUUGAAAUCUUUCCAAUCUACAUAGUCGAAGACACCUUGGCUUUAUUUUUGCACAGCAGUUUUCCAACUUUUGAAGAUAAUCUUCCACAAAGAGCAAUUGGAUGGGGUGAAAAGGCUUGAUAGAAAAAGGAUGGAGUGGAAAGGAUAAUUGUAUAUGGCACGUUCUCUUCCCUUUAUGGAAGAAGUUGGCUGUAUAGGUUAACGGCAAUAUAUUUAUCAAACUACUGAAGUAGAAGCUACAUAUUUUGUGUCUUAACAUAAAAGACUUUCCUGAAUCUGAAAGCAUUGGAACUUCAAAGUCAUUAUUCCCAUCCCCCAUCCCCCAUUCCUACCUUUUCUUGAUAGAAGAGGGAAAUCCACUACCUGUCACUUAAACUAUAUAUAUGCACUUAACAGACUUUGCUGUGCUUGCAUGUCAAGAUGGAUAGAUCACAUCGAAACCCCUAAAGUCUGAAAAAAAAUGAUGACAGAAAAUAUUGAGUGAUGGUUUCUUAUAUCCAAUUGUCCUACAAAAUUUUUCUGUUGAAUAUAUUCCUCCUUCAAUGUGGAAAAGGAGGUUAUAAUCACACGUACAUCCUCUUAGUGUGUCGCUGUAUAAUUUUGUGAAAUAUGGAAUAGCUGUAGAGACUCUUCUCUUUUUUUCAAUUUGUGGGUCCUUUGUUCAUACAAUACAAUUGGACAAAAAAGGAAUGCAAAAAAUACCAAGUGAUUGUUUGUUGUAUCCUGUUGUCCUACAGCAUAUGAGUGAUGAACAGUCUCCUUCUUUAGAGUGGAAAAGGAGGCUACAGUUACUCAGACAACCUCUUUACAUGUUGCUAUAAUUAUCUAUAUGGAAUAGCUGUAAAAAUCCUUUGCCCCCUCAUUCUGGGGGUAUAUUGUCCGAGCUGUACAGUUGGACAAAAAAUACAGAGUGAUUGUUUGCUGUAUCAAGUUGUCCUAUAAAGUUGAGUGAUGAACGGUCUCCUUCUUCAAAGUGGAAAAGGAGGCUACAAUCAUUCCACCUCAUCCACGGAGCAUAAUUGCCAAUAAUAAAACCUCCCAAGGUUCAGACUUGCAUAAAUGCAGCAAUCAACACUAUCAUCACACACGUCGGCGGUACAAGGAGCUUCAGCUGCGGAGUCCAAUGAGAUGAGUGGAGAUGCGCCGCCAAAGCAGGUGGCAAUGGCACUGGAGCGACUGGGGCAGGCGAGUCGACUCAUAGCUGAUAUUAGAAUUGGCGCAGAUCGGCUGUUGGAAGCCCUAUUUGUGUCAGCUCAGCGGCAACACUCUUCUAAACCUUUGCAUCUUAUCCACAAAGAAGAAGCUUCCAUGAGACAACACCUUCAAGAGCUUCGCUCUGUUGGAAGACAGUUAGAAGAUUCUGGUGUCCUCAAUGAUUCCCUCCGAUCACGAAGUAAUUCAUGGGGCCUCCACAUGCCUUUGGUUUGUCCUGAUGGUGCUGUUGUUGCAUAUGCAUGGAAGAGACAACUUGCUGGUCAGGCUGGUGCAUCUGCAGUUGAUAGGACCAGGUUAGCUCUCAAGGCCUUCAAUGGUCAGAAAAGACGAUUUUUCCCCCACCUUGAUACCAAUUAUGGUGGGGAGGGUGUGACAAAGAAACUUCGUGGUCCUCCAUCAAGUGAUCAAGAAGAAACUUGUGAACUGAAAUCAGUGUCUGAAGUUUUGACACAUCUGAAAAAGGAGGUCUCAAAUGUAAUAACAUUCUCUUACCGGCGUUUGGAUUGGUUGUUGCGAGCUACCUCAUUGCCCUCUUCGACCAGUGAAAAUUCUAUUGAAUUAUCAAAAGAGAGUACUUUCCAAAGCACGAGAACAUUAAGACAAGGAUCAUCUGAUGAUGAUGUUUCAGACAAGGUUGCUAUAAUCGAAUUGUUGAUUCCUUCUGUUUUUAGAGCCAUAGCAUCAGUUUCCCCUGCUGGUUCCUUGGAUCCCGACGCUGUAGCAUUCUUCUCGCCAAACGAGGGUGGUAGCUACAUUCAUGCGAGGGGAUUCUCCGUUCAUCAUGUAUUUAGGCACAUCACGGAGCAUGCUGCUAUGGCUUUACAGCAUUUUACAGGUGUUGGUACUGAGUCACCCUUGCUUUCUUUGCUGCUGUGGGUUUGCAGCUAUCAGACUUUGUUCUCGAAAGCUUGCAGCAAGUGUAGCCGUCUACUAUCAAUGGACAAAGAGUCUGCCAUGCUACUGCCCCCUGUUAAUCGCCCUUACCGAAACUUUUCUGCUGGAAAAUUCUUGUCAAAAGAGGAGCCAAGUGUGGAUUCUAGUCAGUGUUUUCACAUCGACUGCUUUUCUGAGGAAGCAUAGAAAAAUCAGCUCCAUUGUACAAAGAAAUUCCGAACCUAUAAUGUAGUAUGUGGCCUGAGAGUGGUUGGUUAACGAAGUUUCUUUGGAUUGUAUUUGUUACACCAAACUUUAGAUUAGUUACGUUUAACUUUCUUUUUGAGGUCUUUAAAAUCCUACUAAAUCAAUGACAAUUUUAUACAAGUGAUCUUUUCUGAAGUCACUAACGAAGGUUAGUUAA